UUUUUCAAUCACGAGUCCCGACUACUCUCCUCCAUCUCCACCUCCUUCUCGUGAGGUGCUUGGUUCAAUAUGUUCUGUUCUUGGACACUCGGCUCCCCCUCCACCUCCUUCUUUUAUGAAGCUUGCUGCAGACGAAGUUCCCCCCCUUUCUUUUCCUGGACACUCGGCUCCACCUCCACCUCCACCUCCUUCUUUUAUGAAGCUUGCUGCAGACGAAGUUCCCCACCUUUCUUUUCGUAGACAGUCGGCUCAACCUCCACCUCCACUUCCUUCUUUUAUGGAGUGUGCUUCAGACGUUGUUUCAGGACUUGUUCAACAACCUCAACUGUCCAGCUCUUUUUUAUUUAAUCACUGUCCUCUUAGUCAAUCCAUGGAUUCAUUUUCAUUUGCCAGACAUCCGUCUUUCAGCCCAGAUUCUUGUAGUUUUGGCUUUGAAGUUAGAGAACAACUUCCUGAGACGUCAGCUCCAUCGGUUUUAGAGCACCAAGCGAAACCUCACUUCCGAAAGUCAUUAUCUCGUCGGGCACAGAAAAGACCCGAGUUUAAGAGUAAAGACUUACCUGAGAAGUCCUAUUUGCUUACCGAAUCGUGCAGCCUCAGUCUUCUUGACAUUGCUCCUGCAGCAGUACCGUCUCAGAUGGUUGUUGAAGCUGUUGAAGGUUCUCUGCUUGUUGCACAGACUGCCACAGACAGAGCGCCGUCUUUUUGGUCAGCUACGUUUACUUCCAGUGGCUCCACCUAUGGUGGUGCUCUGGGUUCUACAGUGGUUCCUGUGACGUCAGCUCUAUCAGAUUCAGAGCACCAACCAAAACCUGACUUGUGCUUGCCAUCAGUAAGGCUGUCACUGAAAAAAAACGGGAGUAGAACCUCCCGGUUUUUUGGGUCCUCUUUACCUCCCACCCGUCCCAACGAGGAUGUUCCUGUAGGCCUUGCAAUGGCUCCUGAGAUGGCCGCUCGGUUGAAUUACAUAAGAAGCGCUGCCUCUUAUACUUAUAAACCCAGAAUUAAAAGAGCAUCACAACCUCACCAUGAACUUGAAGCUCAGAGCGAUGCACCACAACCUUAUGAAAUAGCAGGUGCUCGACAAAGAAUGGGCGUCAUAGCUUUAGUCGCCGACCAUCAGAAUCUCCCGACUGUCCUGCGUCAUCAGUCAGCUGUACUGAAUGCAGCAGAAUCUCCUGAAGCGCUGAAGCUCAAGUGGAUGAAGAUCUUCCAGAUGCAACAUUCAGUGAGCUUUUUGUGGUUUUAUAGUCUCGGGUUCACUUAAGCAAACGACUGUUUAUCACUCGGACAAAGCAAAAGCUUCCUUUGGCUCUCUGACAGGUUCAAACUGCGAAGGAAGCUUAAUUAUUUUACUGAAUCACUUGUUAACAUCUGUUUUUAUUUCUACGGGACUUGUUCUUAUCAUUGUUAGGGUGAUGGGUGGGUGGAGCCUAUUCCAGCUGUCAUGGGGCGAAAGGCGGAGUACACCCUGGAGAGACUGCUAAUGUACUGCAAGGCUAACACAGAGAAUUUAACCUCCAAGGACCUGGCGUCCACACAUGUGCACAUCAUAUUUUGGGUUGUCCAGACCAAAAUG